CUCUGCUGGAGUGCCAGCCCUUGCAGGGGCAGAGCGCGACGCGAUGCCCCCCGGCGCCCCCGAAAGACCAUCUGGGAGAAGCCUAAAGGUGGAGCAGCUGAGACCCACAGCCUCCCUCCAGGACCUGCCUCGGUCGCGGUGCUGCCAAGGAAAGGUCUUGCAUGAGGAGCAUGUUGAACUCUUGAUGGAGGAGUUUGCAUUCCUGAAAAAAGAAGUGGUGGGAAAAGACCUGCUAAAAGGGUCUCUCCUCUUUACAGCUGGCCCAUUGGAAGAAGAGCGGUUUGGCUUCCCUGCGUUCAGUGGCAUUUCUCGCCUGACCUGGCUGGUCUCCCUCUUUGGGGAACUUUCUCUUAUAUCCGCCACUUUGGAAGAGCGAAAGGAAGAUCAACAUAUGAAAAUGACUGUGUGCUUAGAGACAGAGAACAAACGUCCGCUCACAUGGAUUGAAGAGAAAGGACCUGGUCUAAAACGAAACAGACAUUUAAGCUUCCAUUUUAAAUCUGGGUCCCUGGAGAAUAUGCCAAAUGUAGGAGUCAAUAAGAAUAUUUUCCUGAAAGAUCAAAACAUAUUUGUCCAGAAACUCUUGGGCCAGUUCUCUGAAAAGGAACUGGCUGCUGAAAAGAAACGCAUCCUGCACUGCCUGUGGCUUGCAGAAGAAAUCCAGAAAUACUGCUACUCAAAGAAGUAAGAGAAGGAAACAUGCGGCACAUCUAAGAUGGGACCAUAGUUUGCUUUUUAUGAAGAGUUGACCUCUAUCUCUAUUCUUACAAUUAAACAUAUCUUGGGCAAACAGGAUUUGCUUACUGUCA